AUGUAAAAGUGACAGUAACCGUCUCUCUCUCUCUCUCUCUCUAAAAUCUCCUUUUCUCCUUCAAAACACACUUCUUCACCUAAACGAACUCAGAUCUGUCUCUAUCAUUUUUCUUAAAAUUUGCUCUAAUGGCUCGAAUAAAGAGUGCAGCAGCUCAUAAACCUUUCCCCUCACUUAUCCUAUGAGUUCUAUGGUCAAAGAAAAGGAAAUCUCCAAUGAAAAUCUAGGUACUGUUGCCACAAACAAAGGAAAAGAAAAGGUUUAAAAAGAAUUGGGUUCGAGAAAAAGAAAAGCAAGCAAGGAAAAAAAAAAUAAAAGGUGAGACCUAGAAUCUGUUCUGAAAAUCAUCUGAUUAAGAGUCAGUAUAUUGAUUGGGAGUUUUAGGGUCCAAUGCUUAUCUUCUUAGAAAGUGGUUCAAUAAACAAGGGUGGAUAAAAUUUAUACAACUUAAGAAUGUUUAUUAUGAAUCUCUAGUUAAGGGGUUUUAUGGUAAUCUCAAUAGGAAGAUGAAAACAUAUUUUUCUGUUUGGCUUAAAGGAAAAAUCUAUAAAAUCUCUAAGGAAAUCCUUUCUGAGGCAUAUAGAAUUGCUAAUGAAGGCACAAAGGCUAGUAGGAAAAAUGAGGUGAAUAAGUUGAAAACCUUUGAUGAAGCUAGAUAUCUUAAGAAAAUUGCAAAGAAAAAGGUGAAAACAGUGCCUGCAAAAGGGUUCCCCAUUAAUUUGAGAAUCUAUCACCAUUUUAUCUCAUACUACAUAUUGCCUAGACUUGGAAGUUACAGGUAUGUAAGUAGUAUAAUGUGGCAUUUGCAAGAAGGGAAACCCUACAAUUUGUGUCACUUACUUUUUAGCUCUAUGACUUCUAUCAAUCAAGAUAAAGGGUUACCUUAUGGAAUGGUGUUAACUACAAUUUUUAAUUACUUGGGUGUUGAUCUACAUGACGAGUAUAGUGUCGAACUCAAGGCAAAGGAUUGCAUAGAUCACCUCUUUAUCAAGUACUCAACUCAAAGAAGCAAGAAACAUGAUGAAGAGAGUGAAUCAAGUGAGAAAAGUGAGAAUGACAGUUUAGAGGAAAAUGAUGAAGAUGAGAGUAGUGAAAAUAGAGGAGAAGAGAUUAGUGAUAGCAUAGAAGAAGAGAGUAGUGAAAAUGAUGAAAAAGAGAGUAGUGAGAAUGAAGAAGAUGGGAAAGAAAGCGAUAAUGAUGAAUUUGACGAGCAUGUAGGAGUUAAAGAAUCUAGUGAGAAAGUUGGGGAGAAAAGAAAAGCCUUUGAAGAUCCCUACUUAGAAUUCUCUAGGUGGAAAGAUUAUCCUAGUGAGAAAAGUCAUGAAGAGGGUAUGCAAAGUGAGGAGGAAGCUGAUCUAGAAGGGUUGAUGAAAGACAUCCAUUAGGAAGACAUGGAAAUUGAGGGGAGAAAUAAGCUGAUUCAAGCCUUGAACAAUUUGGCUAAUCAGAUUUCCAAUGCAGCAAAAGUGUUUGAUGUGGCAGCCAGUGAGCUAAAAUCUCUGAGCCUACUGAACCUGGCAAGGAUGGCAGUGCUCAAAAGCCUAUGGACUUGGAUGAUGAGACCUAGACUUCCUCUGAUGCUUUUACUAUCAAGCUCGCUGCCAUUUCAAAUCUGUUGACGUGAACUUCUAUCAUUAUUGAGCCACAAGGUUUAGUUACAUUAUUGGCUUCAGGCCAUUCUUUGAGGCGACAACAUCCGUGAGGGAGACAUGUUGAUUUUCAAUCCUCCUACUGAAGCAAACACACUAGAGUGGAUAUCAUUCCGUCACGUCCGAAGGAACAUGGACAGAAGCCCAUGGCUUCAACUGUUCAGUGAUUCUGCUUUACUUUUUUUUGCAUCAACUAAUUAUUAUGUAACUAAUUGCUACUCUUAUUAGCUACUUUCAUAGAUCAGCCCUCAAACUAGUUUUUUAGUUCAUGCCAUAUAUAUGCUCAUGCAAAUCCAUAGUUGGUCAGAUUUGUUGGGUUAUUAAUAGAUUAGGGUGUGAUCUUUUUUGUUUUUUGAAGGUCCCAAUAUAUAGUGGGUGCCAAUGUAAGAUCCAUUGUGGACUUAAUGUCUAGUUUGGGGGGAUGCUCUUCAACCUG